UUAGAAAAAAACAUUGAAAAUGUUCUUAAGUUUCUUUCUAUAACUUAAUUGAGAAAUAAAGUUAAGGAAGAAAUGGCAUUUAACCUUGUUAAGAAUAACAAAAAAAUUUUGUGAAUCCGGGCCCUGUAUAUUUUCGCUCCAAACCUAAUCUAGCACACCUGAUUCUAAUAAUUAGCUAGUUGAUGAGCUGAAUCAGGUUGGUUACAACUGGGGUUGGAGUGAGAACCUACAGGAGGGUAGCUCCCCAGGAAUAGGGUUGGAGAACCCUGCUCUAGAGCCUUCAAAGAAAGGAGGGUACGUAUGCAAAUAAAAGAUGACUGGUCAUUGGUCUGAAUAAUCAGAUCAGAUUGUGAUGUCAUGCUGUGGGCAAAAACUCUACCACCUGAACAACACAUAAGACUUAUUUCAACCUCAUGGUGUGGAAAUAUAUUUUUUUAUUGCACUGCCCCUUUAGCAUUAAAGGAUUACAUUUCCACCACUCAAAACCAUAUCUGCAUCCAUAUUCUAUUCAGACCUCUCAGGAAGUUAUGGGUAUUUGUUGCCUCUAAGGAGUGACUUUAAUGACAUUCUGUGAAUGAAGUGGUCUUGAAAUUCAAUGGAAAUUGGUGGACGUGCUGGGAACGAGUGUGAAGUGUUGGAAUCUGUGGCAUUGUGGGGUUAGGGCCAGGGUGAUGCAAGGGAAAGGCAGAACAGCAUGCCUCUAUUGAGCCACUGACAGUUGAGCUUUGGUACUUGAUUAUAGUCUCAGGGUGUGUGAUACUCGUGACUGUCACCUCGGUGAAUGAUGCUUCAAUUUAGUCCAUUGGCAUGUCAUGUUCACACAGCAGCACGCUUACUGUUCCCCUAAAUAAUGUUGCAUAAAGUUUUAUGAAUAUUUAGUUCAGAUGCUGUACUCAUUUGAUUAGACCUAGACAAUUUUCUCUGUAACCUUUUAUGUUGAGGUCAGAGGACCUCUUUUACAAGGGUUACCUUGCUAUACUGCAGUUAAACUCGCCAUUAUUUCUCUAGCCCAGUAUGCCUUUAAAAUAAUUCUCUGCUGAUUUUGUUGUCUUUUUUCUCUGAUGUAUGUAACAUACCCAGAAGGUCUAAUACUGGACUGUAUUACCACACAGGGUGGCACUACGUUUGGCAGUCUCAUAGUCAACAUGUCUAGUCGUUGCUGCCCCACCCCCUGCAGUACAGACAUCCAGACUAAACAGUAACCCACUCUGACCAUUCUGUUGCUGUAAUACAUUGACCUGAAAGGAACUGUGAACUUCCUCUCAGAUGAGCAGGGAAAGAUAGAGAAGAGGACCUAACCCUCAUGUCAUAGGAAUUUAUAAUGAAAUACAAUGGUAAUUGAUGAGUACCUAUAGGUUAGACUAAUGGUUCACUGUCUGAUAUGAUGUUAAUUCAUACAUUCACAACAUAAUUUAUUUUAUGGACCUCCCAAAUCCUAUUUUGAGUUAUCACUGAAAAGGGAUGGAUCCGAGUGAAAAAUACUGGAUCAUAAUCAGUACACACUAAAUAAGAGCAAAUGUUUUAAGAAUAUUUUUUUUGAGCCAUUCAAUUAAAGGGAGUAAUGUUAGAAAUGUCCUGAAUAGCACUGUCUUUUAUCCUCAACAACACCAAACCCAUUUUGCAUGAGGCUACUUCCCCCAUCUUUUGUGUGAUGUGCGUGUGGUAAAACCCAUGCUCCCAAAACACAUUUGAAGUGCUCGUUAGACUCUUAAAAGCAGUCCCACUGGUUAGCAAGUGUAUUUCUCUUGGCCAAAAAUAUCCAGCACCCCACAGAAUGCUAAGUAGAGGGCAUGUGUCAGCGACGAGGUCCUUGGCGGUGCUUUCUGUGAAGCGGUGUUGAUGGCUUUAAGUGCAGCCAAUGUGGUAAUGAGUGGGGAGGGUUGUAUUCCUGCAGAUCACAGCUAUCUUUGGUUUGGAUGCUGGAGUGGCAGUCGGAGACUGUGGUUACAACCCAAAUGGCACCCUAUGCACUAGUUUCGUCAAAAGUAGUGCACUAUAUAGGGAAUUGCCAGGGUGUUAUUUGGGAGGUAACCUGUGCUGUCCACAUCAGAGAUGUUCCAGUCUCUGCUUUGGCUAAUUUCAAAUACAUUUCCAUUACACAUCUUCAUUAUGGGAGCCUCACAAGGCCACACAGACACCAACCAGAAGGGCGGGAGAGUUCAGUAACCCUGAGAGUCUUGUUUACUUGGAGUUCUCAAAACCUCUUUCAACUGGCAAUUACUUUUCAAGGCACCAGUAAUUUAGAAUAAUUGUGAACAGCUAAUUACCGAUGCCGGAGCUAGAGCGAGUAAAGUUGCUAAAUGUUACGUUUGAAAAAGGUCUGACUGUUUCGUUCUCACUCUGGCAGCUGACUGAGGGUAAUGCUAAGUUGCUACGUAUAGCCUAGCAAUUCCGUUAUGUUGUUAUAGAGACACAAUAACAUUCAGGGAAUGUGUUAUUGCCGGCUGCUAUGUUCCCUUCAACAAAACACUAUUUGUGUCUCUCUGUGAUUUCUGGUUGACACAACCCAUCCUUUAAUGUCCUCUGUGAACCAAGGCAGGGUUUGUUUUGUGCCGGACUGGAGCAUGUAUGUCUCUCUGCACUCUGCAGCACUCAUGGCAAUGUCCUGGGUGUCAGCAGACAUUGGCCUAGUCUAAGACACUGACCCCAGAGGGUACUCGUAGAACGAGAGAGAGGGGAAGAGUGCACGGCCUAGUCACCCAUGAGGUUUUUGUUGUCAAGGUUGGUUGAGUGCUAGUGUAAAAGCAGAAUAUCCUACUUCCAGCUUUUUCCUGAGACAUGGUUCACUGCCACAUUCAGUGCACAUGAGUUUCCUGUGUGAAUGGGCUGGACUGUGGGGGGGGAUCACCACAACAACAACCCCUCAGUCGCCUGUGUAUACUCAGCUCCCACACCCAAUAUAGACCAAGGAGUCGUCCCACAAUUCACUCUAUUCCCUUUUUAUAGUGCACUACUUUUGACCAGGGCUAUUGGGAAUAGGGUGCCAUUUGGGACACGAAACCGGAAAGUGCGGUGAUGGAAAUCUACAGGGCCUUAUAGAAAGGCUUAAGGGGGCGGCUCUCCUCAAUCCCAUGGAAAUCUUAUAUAUGUCGAACAAAGCACUGUGUGGCUGUGCAACACAUCUCCCUUCUCUUCUUGGGCCAGCUAUAUUUGCCUCACAUUUUGUCUUUGUACACAAGUCCGAUCUUUUGAUUGUACAGUGAGUUAAUUGUGGAAUGUGCCAGCCUUUUUGGCAAUUGGGCAAGACCUCAGAAACUACCCUACCUUUAGUUUAUAACUACUUUUCUACCAGGAUCAUUUAUGAACUUGGAGCGCCUGGGGUUUAAAGUCUGUUUAGUAAUGGAAUUGGCUGAACCAGAUAUCUGCCUCCUUUUUUUUCUUUCUUUUUUAACUGCUGCUGUCUUGGUGCCAUGUCUUUGGUGAUUUGAUACCCUGCUGUCUGGGAAUUGUGGGGGCUUGUUCAGGGUCUCUAGGCGCCAGCAUUCUUUGAGAGACGGAGUGAAUAUCAGGAUUUUGAGUAUGUGAGCCAUGCAGUGGUAGAGCAGGUGCUGUGUGUCCACACAUUCUGAUUCCCACCACUAUGUUCUUCCCUCCCUGGUGGGCACUGGGCAUUUUAGGUCCUCCUCUGGCUCACACACUCCUACUCAUACCAAAGGACUCAGACACACCAAUAGUGUUUGCUGGUCGAGAGUACUUAGCACCUCAAAGUAAUUUGCGCACAAAUUUUACAUGUAGAAUCGUGUAGAUAAAUGUUGUCAGUCAGACAUCUAAAGUGGGUGGUCCCUAAUGCCUGGACACUACAUGACUUUCAAAAGCCUAAUAUCUCUGAGCCGCUCACAUUAAACGACCAUCUCUCCUGUUUUUUUUGUCUUGCCAACCUAGUUGUGCGCACACUAAACUAUCUGGCACAGACGGGGUGUCACACUCUGCAAGACUCUUCUCUUGCUCGUGAGGAUUCUUGAUACCACUACGCUGUCUCGCGAAAACAGCAAUGCGAUUAGAUUGUAGCUAGAACGAGCUGUGGCUCAAAGCAGCCUCUAACAUUUUCAGUCACACUCACAAAUCAAGUAAAAUUUUAUGUCACAUGGCCUAAUACAACAGGUGUUGCCCUUACCACGCAUGCCGUACAGAGUUGAAAUAUCUAGCCAACAUUUUGAAUUGAAAAACAUUGCUUGUGAUCAUCAGAGCUAUAAUGAUUUGAUGCUUUGGUUAAAGGCAAGUACAAACGCUUCUGCUCAAGAGUCUACACAUUCUGGGUGAUGCGAAACAACAUCAGCAUCUCAAGGGCUAUUGCUGACCACCAUUCUCAAAACUAGUUGUUGCACAUCUCACACUACAAGAGCAUUGCAGAUUUUGUGCAAACGUGUUUAAAAACUUCAGGAUGUCUGGGACUGCUCAAAGAUCAGUAGCCCUCAGAUUGCGUCUUUGACCUGCUCACAUGAAACAAGCGUUGUGGCAGCCGCACACCCAGACUAGGCAACGACAUGGUGAUUUUAUCUCCGAUCUCAAACUUUUCUGGGACGGUGUUUUAAGCUGGGUGUAGUGGUACAUAAAAACAGGUAAAUAUUGUACAAUCCAGGUGUGCAAGGCUCUUAGAGUUACCCAGAAAGACUCACAGCUGUGAUCUCUGCCAAAUGUGAUUCUAACAUAUCUUGACUCAGGGGGUUGAAUACUUAUCUAAUUAAGAUAUAUUAGUGUUUUAUUUUCAAAUGUUUUAUGUUAGCAUUUUUCUUCCACUUUGACAUUAAGACUAUUUUGUGUAGAUCGUUGAUAAAAAAUUAUAAUUCAAUCCAUUUUAAUCCCACUAUGUAACAAAACAAAAUGUGGAAAAAGUCAAGUGGUGUGAAUACUUUCUUUCUGAAGGCACUGUAAGUGAAUCUUUAAGUUAUUUGAAGUCUUCUAAACCAGUGGUUCCCAAACUUUGUGUGGGUGUUUUAAAGGAACUCCUUCCGGCUUUCAACGUUGUUAUAGUAGAAUGCAAAAGAUACAAUUUCGAAAUUGGGUAGUACAUCAUCAGUUUUCCUCUUGUCAUGUCAGUCAUUGCAGAACUUAGAGAGCUAUUGCUGCAAUAUUUUAUCUACCAACAAGAGGGGAGUGAACAGGUCUUGUGCCCAUAGAAAUUACGUGGCGCGCGCUUGCAGGAUGUUCUCUAAUGCCUGAGUGAAGAAGGUUGGGAACCCCUGCUCUAAACUGCUGUAUGGAUUUAAAAUCAAAUGCUUAACUCAUUUGGAUAUGCAUAGUUCCAAGACAACUUACUGAAGUGGUCAGGAGAGGGCAGUAAAUGUACAUUCUAACAAAUCAGUAUCAAUGUUUAUGCAUGUAUUAAAACUUGUGUCUGAAUAUGGUAAAUUAAUUACUUAUACAUUUGGUGUGGUUCUCUUUAACAAACCUUUACUGAGCUGUAGCAAAAGUUUUAUAGCCAUGGUAACAUUUAUGUGAAGAUAUAGGAACAAAACAUUAGACUUACAACUUACAAUGAUUCACUCUUAUUACUUCUUUAACAUCUGCUAAACACGUGUAUGUGACCAAUAACAUUUUAUGAAAAUGGUAUCAACCACUUACAAAUAAUUGUGAUUGAGGUGUUCUUGUGAAAUCAAUAAUGUCAGACUGAUAAAAUGCGCAUUGAUAUUUGACACAAUCGGUUCGUGUUAGCCUAAUCUCUCUUCAUACUGUACCUGGUUUUCACCUCGCACCUUGAUAAGGGACUAAUUGAAAUGUAACAAUUCCCAUUAUCAUCAUUGUUUACACAUUUCAAAGCAGUGCAUUAAAUCGCGUCCUGUCCUGAAGGUUCAGCAGUGCACAGGUAUGCACCAUGCGCGCCUUCGCAAACUACUCCCCUUUUCGUGGUUGAGUCAUCCUUCUCCUACCUUACUUCUAAUCACAGUUCUCCUUUCAAUCACUUCUAUUCAAGUGGGGAAUACGAGAAUAGUUAGGCAGUUUUCAGGAGUCUACUUUUGAACCAAAUUAUUGAAAAUGUAAGUGCAUUUCCUUUUAAUGUGCUUUAAUUUUACACACAGCAUAUGUAUGCAAACUGUUGUCCGACUUGUUGUCCAGUUGAAGUGAACAUUUAGUUCACUGUUUAUAGUCAAAAUACUUUAUAUAUUUUUAUCAUGAAACGUAACCUAUGCUGAGAGUAAUUUAUUUUGUUGUAAUUCCCUGUCCACUAUCAUUUACUAGGAGAACCAAGUUUGUAUUGAAAUAGAAAAAGCUUGUUGCGUAAUGCCCUGUAAUUAUAAUUUUUUUGACCAUCUUCAUUUUAGUUGACCCAGUAACCAUGGCUUUUGGAACCAUGUGGGGGGACGUGUAGACGUGUUCGGUUUUAAAUGGUUUCUUGAAAGUGACGGGGGCUGUUUCAAUUGGUAUACUGUCUUUAUGCUUCAUGUAAGCUACCAGGGGAGAUAAUGGACACUUGAUUGACGCGGAAUGAAUCAUUUCCUGUUUAACGCCUACGUCAGUAUUUUGUUGAAAUGUUUAGACUUUGUUUUUUGUGUCUACCUUUGCCUCGCUGUAUACCUUAUCAUUUGGCUUUAUAGAUAUUGAGGUUCGAGUCUUAUAAUCAUGAAUAGCCCAUUCACAGUCUUGGGUAAAAUAUAUUAUGCCCCUGUUUUAUUAUAACAUUUAUUGCGUGUUUUAUAUAAAGAAUUCACUAAGAUAAUAAAUAUCGUGGCAGCUUUUCCACAAAACAACCUGCCUUGCAUACUAUAGACCGGAGAUUGGAAUUUCAUUCCGUUAUAACCUCAUCCCACAUGUCUCAAUAUGUGCAUUGCAUUGGGAUUCAAGAGGUUUCGGGAUAAUAAACACAUUGUUAUCAUUUACGCCUUCUGCACACAGUAGCAUCAGCCAAUUUAAACUACCCUUGCUUUUUUCUCUCUCUUAAGUAAUCAUUGCCUAAACUGAGAUUUGCAGUCAGUCACUCUGAUGUGGAAGUUUCACAAACCGCUUUAGUCACAGGAAGCUCCCUAGACUCUGUAUAGCAAGAGUCGUAUGUCGUACUAGUCUUGCAUUGGACACAGUGUAUGGAUCUGGGAUCAAGGUGAUGUCAGCAGGAUCAUGUCAUACCUGAGUCAUUCCACCAACUGGCCUCUAGCUGAAGGAGCCAAAAUGGCUCCAAGGACAUGGUCAACCAAAGUAGCAUUUGGUUGGAGAAACUCCGGUAGUGGACCGACUGAAUAUGACCCGGUACGGCCAGAAGACUGGCCACCCCUCAGCACCUUGUUCCUCUCUAGAUUUCUUCCUAGGAUCCUGCCUUCUAGGGAGAUUUUCCUAGCCACUGCUUCUGCAUUGCUUUGGGGGUUUGGGCUGGGUAUCUGUAAAUCAAUAUGUAAAGCACUUUGUGACAACUGCUGAUGUAAAAAGGUGCACAAUCUCUAAUGUUAAGGAAGUCUCAAGGUUCUGCUCGCCUGAGUUAGAAUACCUCAUGAUAAGCUGUAGACCAUACUAUUUACCAAGAGUUUUCAUCUAUAUUAGCAGUCUAUUUACCACCAAUAACCAUUGCUAGCACUAAGACCGCACUCAACGAGCUGUAUAGGGCCAUACGCAAAAAAGAAAAUGCUCAUCCAGAGGCGGCGCUCCUAGAGGCCGAUUAGUUUUCCUGCAUUAAAAUAAUCUGUUUUACCUCAUUUCUACCAGAAUGUCAUCUGUGUAACGAGGCGAAAAAAACUCUUGACCACCUUAACUCCACACAGAGACACAUACAAAGCUCUUCCUCACCCUCAAUUUGGCAAAUCUGACCUUAACACUAUCCUUCUGAUUCCUGCUUACAAGCAGAAACUCAAACCGGAAGUACCAGUGACACGCUCAAUACACAAGUGGGCAGAUGCUGAGCUACAGGACUUUUUUGCUAGCACAGACUAGAACAUUUUACAGGAUUCAUCCGAUGGUAUUGAGUAGUUUACCACGUCAGUCACCGGCUUCGUUAACCUUUCUGGCGCAAGCGUUCCGCUAGCGACCGACCUCGACAACAUCUGGUGAAAUUGCAGAACGUGAAAUUCAAAUUAUAGAAAUAUAUAACAUUCAUGAAAAUACAAGUAUCAUAAAUCAAAAUAAAGCUUAACUUCUUGUUAAUCCAGCCGCUGUGUCCGAUUUCAAAAAGGCUUUACGGCGAAAGCACAACAUGCGAUUAUCUGAGGACAGCUCCCCGCAUACAAAAGCAUGAAAAACAUAUUUCAACCAGGCAGGUGCGGCACGAAAGUCAGAAAUAGCGAUAUAAUAAAUGCCUUUCCUUUGAAGAUCUUCUUCUGUUGGAACUCCAAAAGGUCCCAGCUACAUCACAAAAGGUCCUUUUGUUUGAUAAAGUCCUUCUUUAUAACCCCAAAAACUCCGUUUAGCUGGUGCGCUUCAUUCAAUAAUCCACCGGUUUCCCUCCUUCUAAAUGCAUACAAAAUGAAUCCCAAACGUUACCAAUAAACUUCACCAAACAUGUCAAACAACGUUUAUAAUCAAACCUCAGGUACCCUAAUACAUAAAUAAACUAUCAAAUUUAAGACGGAGAAUCGUUAUUGCCUUUUCCGGAGAUAAACAGCAAAGAACGCGCUCUCAUCCACGCGCAUGUAAAACACUACAGCCAAAAUGGGAGCCACUUAGAAAAACUACAAAUUCUAGAUAAUUGUUCCAAAAACAAGCCUGAAACUCUUUCUAAAGACUUUACAUCUAGUGGAAGCCCUAGGAACUGCAAUCUGGGAGGAUUUCGCCUCAUAAUAAACAUGACAGCCAUUGGAAACAGUGGUAGACUGAAAAUAUUUAUUUUUUUGGAUGGUUUGUCCUCUGGGUUUCGCCUGCCAUAUCAGUUCUGUUAUACUCACAGACAUUAUUUUAACUUAAGUAUAGGGGGCAGUAUUUUCGUUUUUGGCUAAAAAACGUACCCAUUUGAAACUGCCUAUUUCUCAGCCCCCGAAACUAGAAUAUGCAUAUAAUUGUCAGACUAGGAUAGAAAAUACUCUAAAGUUUCCAAAACUGUCAAAAUAUUGUCUGUGUUUUUAACAGAACUGAUAUUGCAGGCGAAAACCUGAGGAAAAUACAAUAAGUGCCUCUUUUUUUGAAACCUCUGUUCUUAUGCAUGCCUAUCAUCUAUUUAAAGGGAUAUCAACCAGAUUCCUUUUUCUAUGGCUUCCCUAAGGUGUCAACAGUCUUUAGACAUCGUUUCAGGCUUUUAUUUUGAAAAUUGAGUGAGAACGAUCACAUUGCGUAAGUGGUUAGGUAUGGGCUCUGAGUGAGUUUUGCGCAACAGAGAAAGGCGGCCAUUGUUUCUCCCGGUCCUAUUGAAAACCAACACUCCCGGUUGAUAUAUUAUCGAAUAUAUAUUUGAAAAACAACCUGAGGAUUGAUUAUAAAAAACGUUUGCCAUGUUUCUGUGGACAUUAUGGAUAUUAUUUGGAAUUUUCGUCUGCGUUGUCGUGACCGCUCUUUCCUGUGGAUCUCUGAGGAUAACGCGCCAAACGAACGAAGGUAUUUGGAUAUAAAAAUAAUCUUUAUGGAACAAAAGGAACAUUUGUUGUCUAACUGGGAGUCUCGUGAGUGAAAACAUCCGAAGAUUAUCAAAGGUAAACGAUUAAUUUGAUUGCUUUUCUGAUUUUCGUGACCAAGUUACCUGAUGCUAAGUGUACUUAAUGUUUUGUCGAGCGAUCGAUCAACUUACACAAACGCUUGUAUUGCUUUCGCUGUAAAGCAUCAUUUCAAAAUCUGAGACGACAGCUGGAUUAACAAAAGGCUAAGCUGUGUUUUGCAAUAUUGCACUUGUGAUUUCAUGAAUAUCAAUAUUUUUUAGUAAUAUUAUUUGACUGUGGCGCUAUGCUAUUCAGCGUUGCUGAUGACAAUUAUCCUGAUACCGGAAUGGGUAGAUCAGAAAGGUUAACAGUUUUAGGAAAGUUAGUGUUUUCUAUCCAAAUCUACCAAUUAUAUGCAAAUCCUAGCUUCUGGGCCUGAGAAACAGGCAGUUUACUUUGGGCACGCUUUUCAUCUGGACGUCAAAAUACUGCCCCCUAGGCUAAAGAGGUUAAUAUGUGCAUCUACGACUUCGUACCCACAGUGACCGUAGUUCAUAUCCCAACCAGAAGCAAUGGAUUACAGGCAAGAUACACACUGAGCUAAAGGCUAGUGCUUCCGCUUUCAAUGAGUGGAACACUAAUCCGGACCCUUAUAAGAAAUCCCGCUACGACCUCAGACAAACUAUCAAACAUGCAAAGUGUCAAUACAGGACUAAGAUCGAAUCCUACUACACCAGCUGUAAUGUGGCAGGGCUUGCAAGCUAUCACAGAUUAGAAAGGGAAACCCAGUGACGCAAGCCUAGCAGACGAGUUAACUGCCUUGUAUGCUCGCUUCGAGGCUAGCAACACUGAACCAUGCAUGAGAGCACCAGCUGUUCCGCACGACUGUGUGAUCAUGCUCUCCGUAGCCAAUGUGAGUAGGACCUUUUUACACAGGUUUACAUUCAAAAGUCUGCAGGGCCAGACAGGUUAUCAAGACGCGUACUCCGAGAAUGCGCUGACCAGCUGGCAAGUAUCGUCACUCACAUUUUCAGUCACUACCCAGUCUGUAAUACCUACAUGUUUCAAGCAGACCACCAUAGUCCCUGUGCCCAUGAACACCAAGGUAACCUGUCUAAAUGGCUAUUGCCCCGUAGCACUCACAUCUGUAGCCAUAAAAUGCUUUGCUCACAUCAACACCAUCAUCCCAGACACCCUGGACCCACUCCAUUUUGCAUACCGCCACAACAGAUCCACAGAUGAUGCAAUCUCUUGCACUCCACACUGCCAUUUCCCACCUGGACUAAAGGAACACUUAAGUGAGGAUACUGUUCAUUCACUGCAGCUUAGUGUUCAACACCAUAGUGCCCUCCAAGCUCCUCAGUAAGCUAAGGACCUUGGGACUGAACACCGCCCUCUGCAACUGGAUCCUGGAUUUCCUGACGGGCCGCCAUGCUGACCCUCAGGGGUGCGUGCUUAGUCCCUUCCUGUACUCCCUGUUCACUCAAAACUGCGUGGCCGCGCACGACUCCCAACACCAUCAUUAAGUUAGCAGACGACACGAUGGUGGUAAGCCUGAUCACCGACGACGAUGAGACAGCCUAUAGGGAUGAAGUCAGAGACCUGGCCGUGUGGUUCCAGGACAAGAACCUCUCCCUCAACGUCAGUAAGACAAAGGAGCUGAUCGUGGACUAUAGGCAACGGAGGGCUAAAUGCACCAUCAUUCACAUCGACAGGGCUGUAGUGGAACAGGUUGAGCGCUUCAAGUUCCUCUGUGUCCACAUCACUAAGGAUCUAUCAUGGUCCAAACACACCAACACAGUUGUGAAGAGGGCACAACAAUGCCUCUUUCCCUUCCAGGAGGCUGAAAAGAUUUGUCAUGGGUCCUCAGAUCCUCAAAAGGAGCUACAGCUGCGCUAUAUAGAGCAUCUUGACUGGCUGCAUCACUGCUUGGCAUGGCAACUGCUUGGCUUCCAACCUCAAGGCGCUACAGAGGGUCGUGCUUAUGGCCCAGUACAUCACUGGGGCUGGGCUCCCUGCCAUCCAGGACCUCUAUACCAGGUGGUGUAAAAAUUAACACUAUAUAGUCAAUAGGGUGCUGUUUAGGACACAAACCUCAGGUUUAGAGUUAGAUAGUCAGUCUGAAUCCACUCUGGUUUGAAACCCUGGUGAGGCUGUGCUGACAGGGAGUAACGGGAGGGAAUGGCCCAUAGUAAUAGGAAAGAGUGGUCCACUCCAUUGUUUACUGUGCAAAGUCACAGGGAAUUUGGUUUGACCCCCUUGAUUUUGUGUCACAUGGACUUCUUCAUGGUUUAAGGUUUAAGUGGGGUGUUGAAAGUGUAAUCGUCUCUUAGUGGUGGAUGGAUCCAUUAAUUUUGUCAAAUUAGAUAUUCUAAUUUUGCUGAAAAGCAACAAUUUACUACUAUUAAACAGGAUUCUUUUCUGUAGUAUAGUGAGACUGUUUAGACGUUUUGUAAAAAAAAAUAAAAAAGCGUUUUUAUGCUUUUUAAAAUGAAUUUCCAUGUAAAUGAACAAUAAAAUGUAUUGUUGAAGAAAAUGAACGUGUAUUUUUGCAGGGCAUCGUGAAACUAGACAUUUUCCUGUUCCCCCACCUAAGUUAACCACCAGACUCACAGACAUGGAGGGUAAAGAAGAGAUCAGUGACACAGACAGUGGUAUCAUUCUCCAUUCUGGCCCUGAUAGUCCUGCCACCAUUAUGAAGGACGUGACCACUCACACCCGGGCCGUCAAGCUCAAGCACAAGUCACUGGAAGACCGGCUAGAGCUCUGCCUACUGGAGCUGAAGAAGCUUUGCAUCCGAGAGGCUGAGCUGACUGGUCGGCUGUCUGCAGACUACCCUUUGCUGCCUGGGGAGAAGCCACCUCAAAUCCGCCAACGAAUCGGAGCUGCCUUCAAACUAGACAAGCAGAGCAUCCCACAGGGAGCAGUGAAUUCUGAGCUGAACUCUGUGGAAGCUGAGCUAUCCCUGCAGCUGCAGAUAACCAAAGCGGUCCAAAGACUGUGCUGUGAGGAACACCAGAGCAAGGCGGUGAAGAGAAGCCGGUUACAGCAGUGCAAGCGUGAGGAGAAGAAAGUCAUUCAACUGCAGGAAACAGCAAUUCAGCUGCGCCUACAGCACAGGCGGUCUUCACCACGGCCAGACUGCACUAGCACACAGAGAGAUCAGGGCACUUCUGAUGAUAGCUCUCUGUCGGAUUCGGUACUGCUCGACGAAGUAGAGGAGAUUAGUCAGUCAUCUCAACCAUCCGUGGAGCUCCCUCACCUAGGAGGACCAGUAGAUCCUCCCCAGCCUGCUCUUGACCCCUCACAACCCCCUGGGCCUAGCCCCCACCAGCCUCCCACUACUACUCCAACCCUGGAGGAGCUACAGUCACGUUUCAACACCAGCCUGGAAUUGGAGGCCCCUCCCAUCGAGCACUCGCCCUGGACAGAGUCCAGUCUGGACCAGCCUUACCAGAAGACCAAGAAGAAGUCACGCUCUGGUAGCAGCAAGUCAUGUAGUCCAGCCACGACCCCUGUGUUGCCUCCUGUGGACGCCUGUUGUAGAGACACGGCCCUGACACUGCAGUUCUCCUCCCAUCUCAAACUGAGCUACACCCAGUCCAACAGCGCCCCAUCCACCCCGGAGAUGCACCUUCGCCGCCAGCUCUCUCUCAGACUUCCCAGCAUUGAGCCUCCAUUGAACCUGGAUAAGGAUCGAGGACGUACCCGUGUUCCCAGGAGGCUACUAACGGAUUACGUGGUAACGUCUCCAGGCGAGUCCCCUGUCCUGAGGGCAGGCUACGGAAAUCCCAUAUACCAUUCCAGCUCUGAGACUGAGGACAGUAACUCUGAACACUCUGCCCCAUCCUACACCAGUUCACCAUGUCGUGAGAUGCCUUGUGACCUGCCCAGGCAGUCUCAGCUCACCUAUAAGUACCAACACUCCAGCCCCAAUGACAGUCAUCGACCAAUGGCCUACCCCCCAGGCCCCAGCUUCUACCAGAACCCCCAGCACCAGUCCAGCCCCAGCUUCCACAGGGGUUACUAUGACGACAGGAUGGUCUACCCUUCAGAGAUGGACAUGACCAGGCUGUAUCAUGGCACCCCGCUCCCCUGUCACCCCAGCCAGUAUGAGCACUGGUACGAGGAGGCCCCUUUGCACCCCCAGCGGGCUCUCAGGUCCCUGCCCCCUCACAUCAGACUGUCCCGCGCCCCUUCGCUCCGGGAGUAUCCCCACCACCCAUCCAGAGGCCUCCCCCAGCAGGUGGUAAACGAAGAGCUCAAGUCGUGGCACCAGCGCAAACAGUUCAGACCUCGCUCCCUGGACAGACAGGGCACGGCCAGGGUGAGGAGUGUACAGUCACCUCUCACCCAGCACAACAAGUACCAUGAACAGGUUCCCCAGAGACGUGUCAUCCAGAGGGCAGCGGACGGGUCCCAAGUACAGUGGUUUGUGGAUGACAACUCUGAGAUCGUCAGUCAGGUGUAGGACUAGUGAGAGGGCCCCCAGUGCCACCCUCUCUCUGGAAAGCUUUGACCUCCCCUGGCCCACAGAGCCCUAUUUAUUAAUUAAUUUAUUACAUCACUGGACCUGGUGCUGAUAUGAGAUGAGAGAGAGCGAGAGACUGGGAAUAAUAUCAAAGAGGAUCUGAGGCUUUAUAUUAUUUACUUCAAAAUGUUACCUGGGCAACAAGAAAGUCAACUUAAGGCACAAAGCAACAGACCACAACGUUCCCCUGGUGCCUCCCUUUUUACUGAAAGAGCCGCUGUGUUGAACAUUCUUUCAUGGUUAGUUUGUUAGCUGUUUUUUGUACGGAUCUAUUGAUGUGUUAAGUACUAUCGAAAAUGUUUCUAAAAUAUAUUUAGAUGUUGUUUUUAUAAAAGGAAAAAGUUUCUCUUUAGAAAUGAAUAAAUAAUGAAAUAAAGAUUUAUACUGUUAA